AUGUAUAACCUAUUCAGCUCAAAUAUAGAUGGUGAUACAAACUAUAAACCCUGGUUUGAUAAAACAGCAGCUAUAUAUGCUAGCAAAAAGUAUAAACCAGUAGCCUUGAAAAUAAAGCCAGUAUUGGCCACACUACCUGGCAAAUUUAAAAUAAUUUACAAUAUCAAAGAAGAUCCAUUAAAAGAUCUCUCUGAACUUUCUACCAAGCCACCUGAAUUUAUACUCACACUAAGGUAUAUCAUGGAAAGAAAAGAAUAUAUUGACUCAAUCUAUAACAGCAACUUCCUAUAG